UCAGAAACAUUGUUUUUUUUACAAAUAAGUAAUGCAGAUCAUAAACCAAUAAAAGGACAGAUUGGAGAUUUCAGGGAUUCUAUAUAUAAGAAAAGUUUAAUUAGACUAUUUCCUUAUGCGAAGUUGCUGUCUGGGCAUGCUGGGAGUUGUGGUUCUGCAGCGGUUGGGGGUUCACAGCUUGAAGACCACUGCUAUAGAGGGUGCAAAUGUAUCUGAGCCCUGGAACUCAAAUAAUGUGAAAUAUGAGAUGAUCAAAAUGGAGCCCCUGCACUAAUUACUUGGGUUCUGGGGUCUGUAAGGUCCAUAGUAAAAACAUCAGGUUCUGUCUAUAGCAGAUACUAAAUCAUGGCAGCUCCAAGAAACAAGCAGUCAUUCUGACAUGUCACAUGUGAUGUCAUAGACAGCUGGAGUCCUGACAUUCCACUGACAGCUGCCCGAGCCUUCAGUCUGUAGAUUGUUCCAGUGAGAUUAGUGAGAUUAGCGUCUUCUUCUUCUACUUGUCUGAAAUGGAGCUAAAAGGUUUGGGGUUCGUCCCCUUCCUGUUGGUGUUUUGGUGUGCGGCCUGGCUUGCCACCAGCUACAUCAUGACGGUCGUCCUCGGCCAUGCAGCCUCGCCACUGAUGAGCAUCAGUGACUUGGGAAAUUUCUUUCCCGAAAGCAUAUUAUUCAGAAUUGGAUUCAUAGGGACGUCCAUUGGCACUUUGGUACUAACCUUUCUUAUUUAUAAGUAUAUGGUUAUGCAUACUGAAGAGUUCAGGGGUCAUCAGGUCCUGAUCCAGAGGAUCCUGCUGGCCAUUGUGUGGGCCUCCUGUUUUGCCACAGCUGUCAUGCAUGUAUUUUCCCCCAAAGAAUAUCCCAGGAUACACUUUGUCAGCACGAUAAUUUCAAUUACAUGUGAAGCUUUAUACUACCUUGGGUAGUCCAUCCAGAUGUAUAAAUUACCAGGAGCAAAAAAAGUCAUCCACCAUAGUAGAUGCACCUGCUGUGGCCUGACUUUUGUCUGUGUAAUUUUCUAUUUUGGAUAUGAAACAUUAAAGGAUUUAUUCUAUAAUGAUGAAGACUGGGACGAGAUCCGUGAAAUCCCCAUCAUAAUCAUCGAGUGGGUGAUGCUUCUACUGAUCCUGAUAAACAUUGUGACCUAUUAUUCCACCAUGCAGAGGUUAUUGUUGACCGUUUCCAGAAACAGCUGUACACUCUCUCUUAGAGUAAAAAUUGAUGACUUCGGGGUGUAGACCACCACGUGGGCCAUCAAGUGGACUUCUGGGAGAGAUACUGCACAGGAUACGGAAAAAUAUCUAAAGAAGAAUAACUGGGGGACUAUAUAUGGUGCCAGUAAUCAUGGCACAAUAAUAUGAGCUGG